AUGAAGCUCUCCACCCGCUCCGCCCUGCUCCUGAUGGUGCUUCUUGUCGCCCAAUACGCAGCAGCCGCCAACCCUUGUGCCGACGCUUACACACCAGGCGUCAAGUGGAAGACAUACGUAGCAGGCAAGCUAGGGUGGUUCAACGUCGCCAUCCUCAAAGACCAUUACCAGUACCAAUUCGCUUCGGCGACGGACGGAGCUAACGCCGGCAGCUGGACGCUCGAACAGAAGCUCGGCCCGAACAACAUGGAAACCAUCGUCCCGCUGACCUCGGCCUACAGCUGCUUCAACGUGGACCCUACAUCCUCUGGGGAUGCCGUCAAUGCCAUCAACGCGUUCGUCCUUGGCGCCACCGACCGCCUCCAGGACUACUAUAUCAACUACAAGGGAGCUCUUGGCCAGCUGUCCGCGUAG